AUGACUUCAGCUUCUAAAAAGCAAAACCAAACCUACAUUACAGAAUUCAUCCUCCUGGGAUUUGGCAAUUUACCUGACCUUCAGGUAACCUGUUCAGCAGGUUCAGAAAACCUCUUCCUGCUCUUUCUGGUGAUCUACAUGGUGGCAAUGAUGGGGAACAUUCUCAUCCUCAUGUUGGUGGUGGCUAAUCAGCAUCUCCACACCCCAGCGUACUUCUUCCUCAGUAACUUGUCCUGCUUGGAGACCUGCUACAGCUCCACCAUCCUGCCCAAGCUGCUGGUCAGCUUCCUGACAGGUGACAGAAGUAUUUCCUACAGCAGCUGCAUGACACAGUUUUUCAUAUUUGCUUUUCUAGUUGGGGUAGAGUGUUAACUCCUGGAAGUGAUGUCAUACGAUCUAUACUUAGCAGUAUGCAAACCUUUGCAUUACAUCACCCUAAUGAAUCAUACGUUUUGCAUAACACUAGCUGCAGGGGCCUGACUUACUGGGUUUAUGAUCAGCUUUGUUAUCACACUGUUGAUGUCACAAAUGGUGUACUGUGAUCACAGUGAAUUCUGUGAUUUCACAUCUAUGAUAAAAUGCUCCUGCAAUGACACACUCUCCAGGGUCAACCUACCACAACUUCUAAUAGAAGUUAUAACAUCUUUGAUGUCUGCUACAUGUACUAUGCUGCCCUUUCUUUUCUCUGUAGCAUCCUGUAUUUUAAACAUGAUCACCAUCCUGAGAAUCCCUUCAGCUACAGAAAGGCAAAAGGCAUCUUCCACAUGCUCUUCUCACCUCAUUGUGGUCACUAUUUUCUAUUCAACUCUCAUCCUUGUCUAGUUACCAAAAACUUACAACUUCACAGCUUUCAACAAGUUGUUCUCUGUCUUCUACACUGUGGUGACACCCAUGGUGAAUCCACUUAUCUACCCCUUAAGAAUCAAAGAAGUCAGAGGAGCCCUGGGGAAAGAAGUCCAGGCAUUUAUGGGUUUAUAUAAAUGA